AUGCCUGGCCCGCCGCCCCCUGGGCACCCGCCGCCGCCGCCCUCACCGCCGUGGUGCCUCUCCCCGACCCCCCACCCGCUGCCGGCCCUGGAGGCGCCAGAUCCGCCCGCCCUGGGCGCGGAUCCGGGCGCGGGCCUGGUGAGCGCCGCCGCCGCCGAUCCCGCUGCCCUGGGCGCGAAUCCGGCUGCCCUAGGUGCCGGGGGCGCGGGCACGGGAGCAUCAGCCGCCGCCGCCGCCACAGCCACGGGCGCGGGCGCGGUGGGCGCGGCCUUCGCCCCUCCUCCUCCCUGGCGCGGGCUGGCCCUCCUCACCGCAAAGUCUGAGGCUGCGGCAGCUCAGGAGCGGGUCCGCGCGGCUGCCAUCGCCUGGGAGUGCGAGCGCUCCGCGGCCGACGCCCUUGCUCGCCGGGUCGCCGAAGCGGAGCACUACAUUCUCCUCUCAUCCGGCCAGCAGCUCAUCGCCCCCUUCGCUGAGCACGCCGCCUCUUGUUCCCACUAG